AUGUCUCCCAUCAACCUCGAUUCCCUUCCCUACGACUCUUUCUAUGAAAUAUCCAAAUAUCUGGAUGAUAAUGACCUGAUUAGCUUAAGUCGUGUCAAUAAAGCUCUCCGUCAGACACUGGAAAGUGAGCAGAUUGCUCGUAAAGCGGUCAAGAAUUUCCUACUCUUCAGCAAAGAAGGUCAGGCCGCCACAAAUGGCGAUUCCACUUAUCGCCGUGCCAUGGGGCAUCGGGCAGAUAUUCACGAAGCGAUCGCCACUGCAUCGCCAUUCUCAGUGGCGGUAUUAGCACAUGCAGAUCAGUUUACGUACCACCAAGGAGUACUAUGCUACCAAGUGGAAGAUCAAAUACGAUUACUAGAUGUGCAUGGCAGUGCUCGAGAGGAGCGAGUGCUUAAUUUGAAACAGCUCAAAGAAACCCUCGGUCAGAUGGAACCACACAUAACGACCGAAGACCGGAUACGUAUUGUCCAUUACAGUGAGGAUAUUGUAUCCGUCAAGAUAAAGGGCUUGGCACACCAAUACCUUAUCGCCAUUGAUAUGCAACCACUCACCGACUCUUUCAAGCCGGAAUCCACGCUUCGCGAUCGGAUAGUUUACUUUUCACAACUUGAUGUCGAUGAUUUCUUUAUACGAAAUAGUCGAUCAUUCAUUUGGCUUGGCGUUUAUCAUGAAGUGCAUUCAGUUGGUAUGGCUUGGGAUAUAACUGCAACAAACCUCGACCCGACUCAGCCUCAUGAGGACGUUUGCUUCGUGUUAGAUGCUGAAUGGGCUCCAGACUGGGAGACUGACAUAGGAUCAUCAAUUUGUUUUGAGAUAUUCGAUGAGCACCUCUACGUAGUGUCAACGAGUUACUUUGGCCAGCAUGAUGAGGUGCAUUCUUCAUUUUACUACUGGCAGUGCCUUGGACCCAGUGAUAGCGAAAAGAAAGCAGAGGGGCGCAUCUGGCGCCGGAAGCACAAUGAAGGGCCAGUGAAUGAGCUCUGGACGAUGUUCACACUCGAAAGGGAUGAGACAACCAACCGACCAAUGAUAGUUGAAUGUCGUCGGGAAUGGCUUCACGGCAAUAGCGAGAACCACCGCAGCUACUACGUUGAACCACUGCCAAUCCCAGAGGAGGCCAUACGAGCACCCGAAGAACCGGUUCCGCAAACAUGGGCGCAGGACGAACAGGAGGAUCCUGUAGCUGAUGAUGAAUACGAUGAACGCCCGGCUAAGAGGCAACGCCGCCAUGAAGAGUACGAGCCUAUUAGUGAUAAAUUUAUCCUCGCACGUACUAGGCAUCGCGGCUAUCAUCUAGCAUCCUCGACAUUUCUAGAUGUUGUGAGCACGCACAACUCCAGCCGUCUUCUAUUACGAACAUGUCCCACCAGGAAGCGUCACUAUUCAAUUGCACAAGACCACUUCUACACGCGCGGCGUGCAUUUCUGGCCGCCAGAAGACGCGCCCAGAGCAUUGCUUGAUAUCGUAUGUCCUGACGAAAACUCUUCCGAGGUGAGUGUCUACGACGAUGAGAGAUCGAUUGUGUACUCGGUAGAUUGCGACGGCCACUCCGCAAUAGUCCUCAUUAGCUUUGACCCGAAAAUUCGAUUUCCAACAAUGGGCUCUCUUCAUAAAGAGGAACCACCUGCCCCAAACAAAGUCUUUCCUGUCCAAGUGAGCUGGCCAGAUGAAUUUGAAUCUGGUGUUAUAACCUGUCCACCUCUUUAUGAAGCUAUUAACUGGGGAUACUGGCUGCGUUGA